GCCCAAGGAUAAAACUCUUUCCCUUCUCCUUGAUGAUACGAGUUCAAAUUUGAAAGAAAAGUUGGCUCCCUCAAGCCUAUAAUUCAAGUUCAAAUUGUCAUGCUACGAUGAGAUAUGUCUGAAUUCGAUGGCACCCAUCUUCUCCUUUCAUUAUUUUAGUUGACCUAGAAUAAUCAAAUAGGCAGUGCCACACCAUAUAUGAACUCACUCAUUAUUGUGGUAUAUGAUUUUUGCUCCUUUUCCCAUUAUGUUUUUCCUAUAAAUAGAGAGAGCGCGGAUGAUUUUCUCUGGCCAUCACACAUGUGGAGCAAAGUUUCUUCCUUCUUUCUGCCCUUAAUAGACUUUGAUUUACGCUUUCCCUUACACAUAUACCUCCCCUGUAAUACAGGCAAUUUUAGUGCAUUUUGCUUGUCUCUCAUUUAGUCUCAAUCUCUCAUACUCAGAGUCUCCCUCGCCAAUCUUCUCUUACACUCGCUACUCACACCCCAGGCUUGAUUGCAGGCACCAUAAAAUGCGAAAUUCAACUCAAAUUACCUUGAUCAUCAAAAUUAGAGAGGGAAAACUGGUUUCUACAGGGACCCUGUGACAUGGUGGUGCUAUAUCUGUACCCUCUAAUGAAGACAAAGGUAUAUAAAAUACAAGGAAGGGCAGAAGUAGCAAGAUAGGCACAGAAGUACAAUCCUGCAACAGAAGAAAAAAGAUAGAAGAGAAGGAAUCAUUUUACAUAUCUUGAUCCUUUUCCAGCGAAGUUUUUGAAACGAAGUUGAAAAGAGAAGAUGGGUUUCUGGACUCUUUUUGAGGUGGCAUCUUUGCCAAUUAUACAAGUCCUACUUAUCAGCUUCUUUGGAGCUUUGAUGGCAACUGAGUAUUUGAAUCUUCUCCCUAAGGAUGCUAGAAAAUCCUUAAAUAAGCUCGUGUUCAUGGUGUUUACACCCUCUCUCAUGUUUGCUAGCCUGGCUAAAACUGUUACUCUCGAAGACAUUAUCUCAUGGUGGUUUAUGCCUGUUAACAUUGGAUUCACAUUCUUAAUUGGAGGCAUUCUUGGAUGGAUACUUGUUAAAAUACUGAGACCAAAGCCUUACCUAGAGGGCCUUGUUAUUGCUACAUGUUCAUCAGGAAACUUGGGAAAUCUUCUGCUCAUAAUUGUCCCUGCAAUCUGUACUGAGGACGGAAGUCCAUUUGGUGACAGUAGCAUCUGCACCUCCGUUGGACUCUCAUACGCUUCUUUCUCUAUGGCGCUAGGAGGUUUCUUCAUCUGGACUUAUACAUUCCAUCUAAUACGAACGUCGGCUGCAAAAUUAAAAGCACUUCAAGCAGUAGUAGAGGUCUCAAAAGCACCCAACAAUGAUUUAGACGCUAGCCAGGAAACUCACCUGCUAAUAGGACAAGAUCAAGAAAAUGUUGCAAUAGUUGUUGCGUCAUCCAAGUCUGCUGAAGAUACAGAAAGCCGUGCUAUUGUUUCCCAGGAAUCAGAACAUGGAAAAGGGAAUGUAUCAUCCUGGACUAAAUUAAUAGGAUUUCUUCAUCAGAUUUUAGAGGAGCUCUUGGCACCCCCAACUCUAGCUGCAAUUUUGGGAUUCAUCUUUGGAGCAACUACAUUUUUGAGAAACCUGAUAAUUGGUUCAGAAGCCCCUCUAAGAGUGAUCCAAGACUCCAUCAAAUUACUUGGAGAUGGAACCAUUCCUUGUAUAACUCUCAUAUUGGGAGGCAACCUAACCGAAGGCUUGCGCGCAUCCAAAAUCAAAUCAUGGAUCGUUGUUGGGGUGAUUUGUGUCCGAUACAUUAUACUUCCUGCAAUUGGUAUGUGGGUUGUUAAAGCAGCUGGUCAUCUUGGUUUUCUCCCAUCAGACCCUCUCUUUCACUAUGUUCUGAUGAUUCAGUAUACCCUUCCACCUGCCAUGAAUAUUGGUACCAUGACACAGUUGUUUAAUGUGGGACAAGAAGAGUGCUCGGUCCUCUUCUUGUGGACAUACUUAGUUGCAGCCUUGGCACUCACUGCCUGGUCUACAAUUUUCAUGUGGAUCUUGUCCUGAAUAAACCUUCAAAGUAGGAUGCAACCACUACAAGUCAAAUAGUGUGGGAUUCAUCAUAGAUUAAAAUGGCCAUAUAUAGGUAUACACCACCGAGCAAGUGGGAUAUUUUUGUACCUGUUCAAAACAAAUAUUUCUUGAUUAUUGGAUUGCUUUAUCGAAGCUUUUGCUA